UCAGCAAUAUUUGUUUGUUCUGCUACUGAGACAGUCAAAGAGGAGUCCUGACCAGCUUGAAAAUCUACAUACUUUCUUACGUGUGUGAAUAGCCCAUUAUUUUACUGUGUAGUUUAGUGAUAGUGCUAAGUACAGUAAUGGAUAGCAGCCAGGCAAGAUCGCGUUGGUCAAGUGGAUAGGGUGGUAUUGCCUAUCCACCUUAUCUUGGGCUGGUUGGUGACAGGUGUGAAGGAAAUCACAUGCCAGCCUGAAUUAUCCAAAGUCAUGAAACACAAAAGAAUCAGGCAAUCAAGGCAGAAAUGACGGAAAUGAGAAGCCUAUCAGGUUACAUCUGAAAAUGACAAAGUGGAGUGAGGAACUCAAGAAAUCACAUUCCAGAGUAUGCUGUGUCUACCUGAUAUUUUAAAAUGUUUCAAUAAACCCUUCUUCAUAAGCAUUUCCUUCAAUAUUGAGACUGAGCUCCCUGGAAGAUAACUCCCCACUUCUGACCAAGCUGUGUGGUGCAUCCUGGGAGCCACAUGACUGCAGCAAACCUGCAAUUGUCUGCAUGGCUGAUAGUGCACCUGACAGAGCUGAGACAGAAGUUGAAAAUCUCCAUGUUGUGAAAUCCCUGGCCAUCACUUCUCACAUUCCGCUACUUGGUUUUGUUUUGAGUGUUUUAGGCUGGAUUCUGUGUGUUAUUUCAAUAGGACUUAUACAGUGGAGAGUGUGGCAUGUGGACGACACCACCAUCAUCUCCUCCGGUACCAUAUGGAUUGGAAUCUGGGACGUCUGCUUUACUCUUAACCCUGAACUUGCCAAUGGUUCUUCCUUAAUGCUCUGUCAAAGAUUCACUACUCAGAACACCUUCAUCCCCUCAGAAAUUUUUGUUGCCCAAGACCUUCUGAUGUUAGCCACUAUCAUGGAAGCAGUAGCUAUAGGUUUCACCCUCUCUGCUUUGUGGGCUCUUUAUAAGAGAGGGCUUAAGAAACACUAUAAGUUAGUCUUUUUUCUAACUGGGGGGGUCUUGAACAUCAUAUCAAGUGUUUUUAUCUUAAUUCCAGUAAGCUGGAAUUUACAUUCCAUAAUGAAAAAUCGUAGUAUUGCCUUCCCUCCUCCUUACCAUUUGCCUUCCACUCCAAAGUCUCAGGAAGUUGGAGCUGCUAUUCCUGUGGGGCUUAUAUCUGUUCUCCUGCUGCUAUUGGGUGGGUUCUUACUGCUCUGUGACAGGUCUCUUAAACUAGCCAGUAAGGUGUAUCCUAAAAAGAAAAAAACAGAUCAGGUAGCACAGAGCCAGAGGCAAACAUGCCAGUCCAAACAUCCUUCUGCCAGACCAAACCAAACUUAUCCACAGUGUGGAUCUUUCUUGGAAAUUGAGCUGUGGGGCCCACGGAGACCUUUUGGCAUGGACAGCUUGUCUGGGACCCAUCUACAGAGAGGCCCCACACUUACGAAGAAUGAGGUACCUGAACAAGAACAGGCAACCUCCUUUCAAAUCCCUACUGGCCCUCUUCCACACCGAUCAUCCAAAUGUGUAGUACCUGACACCACCAUUUUUAUAAUUGGUGAAGAGCUUCCUUAUUUUUAAUUUGACUAGCUGCCUCCAAUUUCAAUUCUUACAGAGGCAAGGAAAGGUUGAGUAUCAGGAAAACAGGUUUCUGACAUGAGGGGUCCCUCCCACUUGACAGGGACUUGGUUGGGGACCCAUAUGUUACAUCAUACAAAACCUAGAUCCAAACCUGUUCAAGCCUCCUCACAAAAGCUCUCAUUGAUGUCAGCUGGGGCCCCAUAUGGUGAAUAACUUCCAAGAGAGAUCUUCACUGCAGAUAAGUGCAAAUCUGACAGCAGGAUUUUAUCCUUUGGAGUGGGCCAAGUUCUGUUUCCAGUCACACAGGAGCUUUACCUGUGUAACUGGGAGCAGAAUUUAGCCUUUUGUGUCCUUUGGUGAGCUCUUGGUUCCUAUUGCCACUUACAAUUAUAUUAACCAUGUAGUAACUUGAAUUCAUUGAAUCCUAAUAAAUCACAUGAAGGGGUGUAGUCCUCUGAGGUGCUGUAUGCCCUCAGCUCCCUUGAAAUUAAUGGAGUUGGAGGCAUUCAGCACCUCUCAGGAGGUGUUUAGCAUUUUAUAAGAUUGUGUCUUUGAAUAUAAAAUGAUUAUUCCUA